UGGUGGGGACACGCUGUCGUGGCUCAGGCCGUGCUCUCCCGGAUGUCUUAUUUUGGGGGGUGUGGGCGCGCAUCUCCGAGGAACGUGGGUGAAGCUCAGCCGCAAAGCACAGUGGUGGUGGGUGCUGGGCUUGGGCCUUUCGUCCAAAGGUUCCUGCGGUUGGGGACAGGUUCGGCCUUGGCCGAAAUCCGCGAUGUUGAGAGAGGGGGUCGCUCAUGUCACAACUCUCCGGGUUUGCGGGGAGUUCAAUCUGCCUUCUGAGAUAUCCUUCUUUAGGGAUACCAGGGAAAAUGGCCACAGGGUGCCGGAAAGCCAGGGUAAUGGCACACAUGGCAUUCAGAGAUGUGGCUGUGGAUUUCAGCCAGGAAGAGUGGAUGCUGCUGAGCCCCGCUCAGAGAUCCCUGUACAGGGAGGUGAUGCUGGAGAACUACAGCAACCUGGUCUCACUGGGAAUUCCAUUUUCUAAGCCAAAACUUAUCACCCAGCUGGAGCAAGGGAAGGAAACCUGGAGAGAGGAGAGAACAUGCCCACCAGCCGCCCGUCCAGUGGAACCAAAGCCAGAACUCCACCUCUGUCCUUUCUGCCCUUCGGAUUUUUCCAGUCAGAAGGUCCACGUGCAGCACAUGCUGUGUAAUCAUCCCCCCUGGGUCUUCACAUGCCUGUGUGCAGAGGCUCCUGUCGCGCCCGGGGAUCCGUGCCCAGGGGACCAGAAGCAGCAGCAACAGGCCUCAGAUCGAGAGCCCUGGAGGGAUAAAGCAGAAGGUCAGGAGAGAGAAGGCGCCAAGCCUUUGUUUGGCAAGACAAAGAAGAGGACUUCGGGGGCAUUCUCUAGGCCACCCCAAAGGCAGCCGGUCAGCUCCCGGAGUGGCCUCAGAGGCGUGGAAAUAGAGUCCAGCCCCACCCCAGCAGGGAACCCUGAGGAAGCAGACAGACUGUUGAAGAGGAUAGAAGUCUUAGGAUUUGGAACGGUCAACUGUAGAGAGUGUGGACUGGGCUUCAGCAAGAUGACAAACCUGCUCAGUCACCAGAGGAUUCACUCCGGGGAGAAGCCAUACGUGUGUGGGGUGUGUGAGAAGGGCUUCAGUCUGAAGAAGAGCCUUGCCAGGCACCAGAAGGCGCACUCGGGGGAGAAACCGAUUGUGUGCAGGGAGUGCGGCCGCGGAUUUAACCGGAAGUCAACACUUAUCAUACACGAGAGGACACACUCAGGCGAGAAGCCGUAUAUGUGCAGUGAGUGCGGGCGAGGCUUUAGUCAGAAGUCAAACCUCAUCAUACACCGGAGAACACACUCGGGGGAGAAGCCCUACGUGUGCCGGGAGUGUGGGAAAGGCUUUAGCCAGAAGUCUGCUGUCGUCAGACACCAGAGGACACACUUAGAGGAGAAAACCAUCGUAUGCGGUGACUGCGGACUAGGCUUCAGUGACCGCUCGAACCUCAUCUCACACCAGAGAACACACUCCGGGGAGAAGCCUUACGCCUGCAAGGAGUGCGGGCGCUGCUUUAGGCAGAGGACGACCCUGGUCAACCACCAGAGGACACACUCCAAAGAGAAACCUUACGUGUGUGGAGUGUGUGGGCACAGCUUUAGCCAGAAUUCAACUCUCAUCUCACACAGGCGCACACACACCGGGGAGAAGCCUUAUGUGUGCGGGGUGUGUGGACGCGGCUUUAGCCUGAAGUCACACCUCAACAGACACCAGAACAUACACUCAGGGGAUAAGCCCAUCGUGUGCAAGGAUUGUGGGCGAGGCUUCAGCCAGCAGUCAAAUCUCAUCAGACACCAGAGGACGCAUUCAGGGGAAAAGCCCAUGGUGUGUGAGGAGUGCGGGCGAGGCUUCAGCCAGAAGUCGAACCUCGUUGCCCACCAGAGGACACACUCAGGGGAAAAGCCGUACGUGUGCAGGGAGUGUGGGCGAGGCUUCAGUCACCAGGCAGGUCUCAUCAGGCACAAGAGGAAGCACUCGAGGGAGAAGCCUUACACGUGCAGACAGUGUGGACUAGGCUUUAGCAACAAGUCAGCUUUAAUCACACACAAGCGGGUACAUUCAGAAGAGAAGCCAUGUGUGUGCAGAGAGUGUGGCCAAGACUUUAUCCAGAAGUCACACCUCCUCUUACAUCAGAUGACACACCAGGGAGAGAAGCCUUACGUGUGCAAGAUGUGCGGCCAAGGCUUCAGCCAGAAGUCCCACCUCAGCAGACACAGGAGGAUGAAAUCUGUGCACUACAAACCUCCACUCCAGCCUGACUCUGAGGCCUGUGUGGGACAAUCUCCUGACCUCUUACACGCUCUUUGAGAGUGAAGGUAGUGGUGCGGACUAAGUCAUCAGAACUGUUAUACUUUCAUGAAAUGGAGUAGAGAAGUGCAUUCCAGGAGUGGUCAGAGGACAUUGGACUUAGUUCACUUUCUCCACACUAAGUCUUCAUGUUUUGUGGCCUUUUGUUCUAAUAAACAUUGCUUCUUUACAAAUCCGUAA